AUGCCAGACGCUGAGUCCGCCCCGUCUGCAGCCGCAGCUUCGGCUUCAGUCUCCGAAAGAACACCUCUUCUGCCCAACAGCAAUGGCAGCACAAGCAGCGUCUUGUCGACGCCCAAGUAUGCCGCAAACGGCACAGUCGGUGCAAACGGUGAUGCUACGGCUCCCGCGGGCAAUGACGACCUCGAAGACGCCACGGCCGGCGGCGACGAAGAGCAGGUCGUUGUCGUUCAGGAGACGCGGACGCGCAUCUUCGUGGUCCUCGGCACCGUCUACGUCGGCGUGUUUGUGGGCGCCGCCGACGCGAGCGUCAUCGCCACGUUGUCGGCCCCCAUUGCCAGCGAGUUCCGCUCGCUCAGCUUGUUGUCGUGGCUAGCCGCGGCGUAUCUGGUCGCCAACGCCGCCUGCCAGCCUGUUUCGGGCCGCAUCACCGACGUCGUCGGCCGUGGCCCCGGCCUGGUCUUUAGCAACGUCUUCUUUGCCUUGGGCAACCUCAUCUGUGCCUCUGCCCAUAGCGCCAGCACCAUGCUCGUCGGCCGCGUCGUGGCCGGCAUCGGCGGUGGCGGGCUCAUGGCCAUUGCGACGUUUUUGGCGUCCGACCUGGUGCCUCUUCGCCAGCGCGGCGUCGCCCAGGGCAUCGGCAACAUUGCCUACGGUACAGGUGCCAUGCUGGGCGGCGUGCUGGGCGGUGCGACCGAGCACGUCUGGCAGGACCGCUGGUACGGCGGCUGGCGGCUGGCCUUCUACGCUCAAGUCCCCGUGUCGGUCGUGUCUGCCAUCCUGGUCUUCUUCUUGGUCCGUGUCCCGCCGCACCAGCCCGCCGACGACGUCGGCCUCGGCCACAGCAACUCGGCCCUCUCCCAGCUCGGCCGGAUCGACUUCCCCGGUGCCGGCUUGUUGGUGGCCUUCCUCGUCACGCUUCUUCUCGGCCUGAGUGCCGGUGGCAACAUUGUGCCCUGGACACACCCGCUUGUUCUGGCUUCGUUGCCCCUGGCCCUCGUUGCCUUUGCUGCCUUUGUGGUGUGGGAGGCGGACUACGCCCACCACCCCAUCAUCCCCGUGCGCCUGGUGGUGACCCGCACCGUUCUGGCUGCUUGCGUCGCCAACCUUGUCUGCACCGCCGCCAUGCUCGCUGCCGUCUUUUACAUUCCCCUCUACCUGCAGGUGCGCGGCUACUCGGCUGCCGAGGCCGGCGUGCGCUUGCUGAGCUCGCCCCUUGCCGUGUCUUUCACGUCGGUCGGCAACGGCCUCGUCAUGAAGAGCACGGGCCGCUACGUCAGACUCGGCGUCGCGGCCCUCGUCAUCUUUGUCGGCGGCUACGCUCUGGCGGUCGUUGGCCUUUCGUCUACCGACUCGGCACCUGUGUUCCCCUUUGCGUCGCUUUUCUUCAUCGGCGGUGGCUAUGGCGCCAUGCUCACCAUUACGCUGCUCGCCUGCAUCGCCUCCGUCGCCCAUUCGCGCCAGGCCGUCAUCACGUCCGCCACCUACGCCUUCCGCUCCGUUGGUGGCACGCUCGGCCUGACGCUGGCCUCGGCUGUCUACCAGAACAUUUUGCGGGCAGAGCUGUGGGCCCGCUUUGGCCAUCUGCCCGGUGCCGCCGAGGAGAUUGCGCGCAUCCGCGACGACCUGGGCGAGCUGCAGCACUUGCCGCCGGGUUGGCACGAUGGCGUCAUUGCCAGUUUCAUGGAUGCCUUCCGCGGCGUGUGGCUGAUGGGUCUGGGUCUCGGUGCCAUUGGUCUCGUCGCCAUGGCACUCAUGAAGCAACAUACGCUGCACUCGACACUUUCGCGGCCGUAG